GUUGACAUCUGUUUUGCAUUUCAAAGCACGGCUUCCCAUAGCGUUUGCGUUGCUUUUUAAAAGUCCAUGAAAAGUGUCAAACUCUUUGCCACAACUCUUGGGAUCAGUUAUGAUCAGUGACGUGAAGCGCGUGGUGUUAGUGCUGUCCGGCAAAGGGGGUGUCGGCAAGAGUACAGUGGCCACACAGUUGGCUCUGGCACUCACUCACAACAACCAGAAGGUUGGUAUCUUAGACAUAGACCUAUGCGGUCCGAGUAUUCCUCGAAUGCUUGGUCUCGAGGGACGGGACGUUCAGCAGACAAAUGAGGGUUGGCUACCGGUGCCGGUGGACGCCUGUCCGCAGCUGUGCGUAAUGUCCAUUGGUUUCCUGCUGAAGGGUAAGGACAGUGCCGUGAUAUGGAGGGGCCCUAAGAAGAGCGCUAUGAUUCGCCAGUUCCUCACGGAUGUCAAUUGGGGUCCAUUGGAUUACCUCGUCAUAGACACCCCUCCCGGCACUUCCGAUGAACACAUCUCUGUGGUCGAGUGUCUCAAAGAGUUCCGUAAUCCGGACGGCGCUGUUCUCGUCACUACACCACAGGCCCUCUCUAUAGGUGACGUUCGCCGAGAGAUCACUUUUUGCCGAAAAGGAAAUAUCAAUAUAUUAGGCGUUAUCGAGAAUAUGAGUGGAUAUGUGUGUCCGCACUGUUCGGAAUGCACGAAUAUCUUCUCGACGGGUGGCGGCGAAUCACUCGCCAAAUACGCGGACAUCAAGUUCUUGGGCCGCAUCCCAAUCGACCCGAAAUUAGGCGAAUGUACGGACGAUGGCGUCGACUUCGUCCACAACUUCAAGGAGUCGGCCACCGCUCAGAGGUUUGAAGAGUUAGCGAAAAAUCUUUUUGAA